GUUAUCAAAAGUCAAAACUAUGUGAAAAGUAAAAUAAACAAGAAAAUCUUGCUUGACAUCCAACUUUUGAUAAUGAUUGAUAACAGACCACUAGUAGAUGACUAUACACUCUUGCAGGAAUUAAUUAAAGUUACGUAAAAACAGAAAAAUGGCUCAUAUUACAAAAACAAUUAGUUCUAAAAUACUGAAUAAGUCAACACAUCGUUGUCUUAGCACAGCCGUAUCUCAGAUUAGGAUCUAUGAAGUGGGCCCGAGAGAUGGUCUUCAAAAUGAAGCUAAAUUUGUUCCCACAGAUAUUAAAAUAGAACUAAUAAAUAAAUUGGCAGCUGCUGGAAUAAAAGACAUUGAGUCUGCAAGUUUCGUUAGUCCAAAAUGGGUGAAACAAAUGAGCGACGGUGUGGACGUUAUGAAGAACAUCCCGAGAGUGCCAGGAGUAAACUACCCGGUGCUUGUGCCUAAUUUAAAAGGAUACGAUAUUGCAAAACAAUGCAACAUAGAAGAAGUGGCAAUAUUCCCAGCUGGAUCAGAGGCCUUCUCUCAGAAGAACUUAAACUGUUCUGUCGAAGAAGGUUUGAAGAGGUUCAAGUUGGUAGCUGAUCAAGCUGUGAAGGAUGGUAUCAGAGUGAGAGGCUAUGUAUCCUGCGUCGUUGGCUGUCCCUAUGAAGGCCCCAUACAUCCGAAAGGCAUCGCGAAGAUAACAGAACAGUUGUUCGAGAUGGGGUGCUAUGAGGUCUCCUUGGGGGACACCAUUGGCGUGGGAACAGCGGGAUCCGUCAAACGACUGAUGCGAGAAGUGCUAACCGUCGCAAAGCCUGAACAACUUGCUUUACACUUCCACGACACCUAUGGACAGGCUUUAUCAAACCUUGUGGCUGGAUUAGAGUUUGGAAUAAAAACUGUGGACUCGUCUAUCUCGGGGCUGGGCGGGUGUCCAUACGCGCGCGGUGCGAGUGGCAACCUCGCCACAGAGGACCUCGUCUACUUACUGUACGGACUGGGAGUCAACACCAACGUGGACCUCGUCAAACUCAUCGAGGCCGGACGAUACAUCUCCAACUUCCUCGGCAAACCUACCGAGUCAAAAGUCAACCGUGCUAUAAGUGAUAGGUUUAAAAAUCACAGUGAUAUUGUCAAAAUAGCCUCAUGCGAUAUUUGACCGUGAAUCAUUGUAACUGGAGAAUGUAAACAUUCGCAAAUCGAAAACAAAGACUCGACAGCUUUUGUAAAUACCUACAUGCAUAUACUAAUAAAAUGAUAAAUUAUUUUCUUUGUUUGUAAUAAUUUUAAGAAAUGCAAUUUAUUAGCAAUAAACAAUGUUUUGAGAUAC